AUGGGGUUUUCGAAGAAGACGCAAGCAGAGACUGGUUUGGAAUCAGAAUCAAAGAAAUGGGUAAUUGCUGGAAUCGCGGUUCGGUCUCUGAAGCCGAUAAAGACAAGGGCGAAAGAUAACAACGACGACGGUGACUACGAUGAAGAAGCACGUUCAACGACGCCGACGGCGAAAGAGUCUAGGAUACCGGAAAAGUUGUCGUGCCCGGCGGCGCCGAGGAAGCGCCGACCUUCAAGGUGUAGUAACAACAUGGUGGUUGGUGUUAGAGAGUUCUUCACACCUCCUGAUUUGGAAACCGUGUUCAAGUGCCAUGUUGAAAAAGCUAUUUGA